CUGCAACAUCGAUAGUUUUCCAAUAUCGAUUUCAAGUUCAGCAUCGGCCGCCGCGUUUUUCCUGCAGCGAAAUAUUUAAUUUUCGAAUUUGUGCAUCUUCUGUUCUCAACUAAUUACUAAUCCACACCGCAAUAAUGUCAAGCAAAUCCCGACGAGCUGGCACCGCCACGCCGCAGCCCGGCAGCACCUCCACCCCACUGCCGCCAAAUGUGGGACCCCAGCCUCAGCAGCAGCAGCAGCAGCAGGCCGGCAGCCCGCUCAGCCCCACACGCCACUCCCGCGUGGCCGAGAAGGUGGAGCUGCAGAACCUUAACGACCGUCUGGCCACCUACAUUGAUCGAGUGCGCAAUCUGGAGACGGAGAAUACCCGCCUCACCAUUGAGGUGCAGUCGAGCCGCGACACCACCACCCGGGAGACAUCGAACCUCAAGAGCAUGUAUGAGAAGGAGUUGGUCGAGACGCGCAAGAUGCUGGAUGAGACGGCACGCGAAAAGGCUCGCAUCGAGAUCGACUGUAAGCGUAUGUGGGAGGAGAACGAGAAUCUCAAGGCCAGGGAGGCCAAGCUCGCCAAGGAGUGCAGCACGGCCGAGGCCAAUGCCCGGAUGUACGAGUCGCGUGCCAAUGAAUAUAACAACAAAUACAACCUGGCCGCUGCCGAGCGAAAGAAGGCUCUUGAUGAACUGAAUCAGAUUAAAAAUGAUUUUGAACGUAUGCGCAAGCAGUUUGAAGAUGCGCGCAGCCACUUGGAGGCUGAGACACUGACUCGCGUCGAUCUGGAGAACACCAUACAGAGCCUGCGCGAGGAGCUCUCCUUCAAGGACCAGAUUCAUGUGCAAGAGAUCAACGACUCUCGUCGCAUACGCCAGACGGAGUACAGCGAGAUCGACGGCCGACUCUCGUCCGAAUACGAUGCCAAGCUUAAGCAAUCGCUGCAGGAUCUGCGUGCACAGUACGAGGAGCAGAUGCGCAUUAAUCGCUAUGACAUAGAGACCUUGUACGAGGACAAGAUCCGCCGCUUGAAUGAGACCGCUCUUCGCACCAACAGCUCGACGCACAAGUCCCUCGAGGAGCAGCGCUCCACUCGUGUGCGCAUUGACUCGCUCAAUGCCAAGAUCAACGAUUUGGAGCAGACCAAUGCCGCGCUGAACAGUCGCGUACGCGAGCUGGAGCAACAGAUGGACAACGAUCGCGAUCGUCACUGCCAGGAGGUGGCACUGCUCGAGAAGGAGCUCAUCCGUUUGCGCGACGAGAUAUCCCAGCAGCUGCAGGAGUACCAGGACCUGAUGGACAUCAAGGUCUCGCUAGAUUUGGAAAUAGCCGCCUACGACAAGCUGCUCAUGGGCGAGGAGCAUCGCCUGAACAUCACCCCAUCCAAUACGGCCACCGUUCAGUCCUUCAGUCAAUCGCUGCGCAGCAGCACUCGUGCCACUCCCUCGCGCCGCACACCAUCCGGUGCGCUGAAGCGUAAGCGUACUAUUGUGGACGAGUCGGAGGAUCGCAGCGUCUCCGACUUCUAUGUGUCGGCCAGUGCCAAGGGCAAUAUUGAGAUUAAGGAAAUCGAUCCGGAGGGAAAGUUCGUGAAGCUAUUCAACAAGGGCAACGAGGAGGUGGCCAUUGGCGGCUGGCAGCUCCAGCGCAUGGUCAACGAGAGCGGGCCAUCGACCACGUACAAGUUCCAUCGCUCCGUGAAGAUCGAUGCUAAUGCGUUCGUUACCGUUUGGUCGGCGGACACCAAAGCCUCGCACGAGCCGCCCUCUAAUAUUGUGAUGAAGCAACAAAAGUGGAUAGCCGGCGACAAUACCAAGACGAUUCUGCUGAAUAAUGACGGUGAAACUGUGGCCAAUUUGGAUCGCAUCAAGCGCAUUGUCUCCACCCAUGUCUCAUCGUCCCGACUGAGUCGCCGUCGUAGUAUCACCGCGGUCGAUGGCAACGAGCAGCUCUACCAUCAGCAGGGUGAUCCCCAUCAGUCCGCCGAGAAGUGCGCAAUUAUGUAAUCCAUCGCGAGCGCGCAAAGCACACAGACAAACAAACACCGCAGCAGCAGCACGCAAAAUACACACACACAGAGACAGAUUUUUAGUAAUACUAAGUUAUUUUUUGUGGCCCUUUUCGCCGAUAAUUUAAUCAAAAAACAUAUUUGUGUUGAUCUGCUGUAAAACUUCGUCUUCAGACAACCAUCCCCCCACCCAAUCCAACCCAUGUUUUCCGUUUCCAUUAUAUGUGCUUCCCUUUUAUAACUUUCCACGUUUUGUGUGUUAAAGACAUUCAUAAACGUUAUUUUUUGUAAGCUUUAUUUGGUAUAUAUUUUAAUCGGUUAAUACUGAUCGUGUAUGCCAUAUAGAACAUACAUAUAAUCCACACACAUCUAACCCCACACACUUUUUGUAUUUGUGCCAUGAAGUACAUUGAAGAUAUUGGUAGAAAACAAUAUGUUUGAUGGACUUGGGUGCACUCCUCUUUCUCCGUAAGCAAUUAAAAUAUAUAUUUAAGAAAAUCCAACAACAACAACGAGCAAAACAAGUAACAAGAAACAAAAUAGACGCUCCUGACAACAAAAAUAUUUAUUUAAGUAUUUUUUGUACAAUCCGCAUAAAAUACAAACAAUAUUACUUUAUAUACUAAAAUAACAGAUAAUACAUACGCAAUCAGACAAGAAGCCCGGCAAUAUAUAUAUAUUUUUAAAGAUUGGGAUCCGCCUACAUCCAGGCCCAGACAGACACUCGACGCUUGAGCUUCCUGCAGCCGCUUCUUUAACAAGAAUUACUAACCAGGAAAAUACAAUAACGAAAAGCAACAUCAACAAACAAAAAGUACAAUAAGAACGAAAAAACCACUAAAAUCGUACAGCUCAGCGAUGCGUCGCAUUAUGUAGGGAUGGGGCGUGGCCGCUCGCAAAAAUUCAUCAACGCUCCCACGCAACAAACUAUUUUAAAAGAAAA